AUGUUUGCCAAGCAAUUCAAGCACCACGGUCAGGUGCAGGUGAGCCGCUACUUGAGGCCCUACCACUCCGGCGACAUUGUCGACAUUGUUGCUGACUCUGGUGAGCAGAAGGGUAUGCCGCACAAGUACUACCAGGGCCGUACCGGUGUGGUCUACGGUGUAUUUCCUCGUGCUGUCGGUGUUCUCAUCUACAAGACCGUGGGCAACCGCAAGAUUGAGAAGCGUGUAAAUCUCCGGAUUGAGCACAUCCGUCACUCCAAGUGCCGCGACGACUUCCUUACCCGUGUGAAGGCCAACGCUGCUGCCAAGCGCGCUGCCAAGGAGAAGGGUGAGAACGCCAAUCUCAAGCGUCAGCCCGCCCAGCCCCUGGAGGCGCACACCAUCAGCCUUGUCAAGAACCUCCCCACCACCCUGGUGCCCCAGGCUUACGACACGUACAUCUAA